CUUGGGCUUCUCACUGAUUCCUGAUUUUCUUCACGGUCCUGUUCACCUGUCUUUCUACAGGCUUUUAGAAGAUUUGUGAAGAUGACUGAUUUGGAAAAUUCCUGUGAAACGAUAGUUAAUAUAUUCCAUCAAUACUCUGUGAGGACAGGUGAUUUUGACACACUUUCCUUUAAUGAGUUCAAUAGGCUUGUGAAGGAGCAAUUUCCCAACUGGCUUGGGAGAGUAAAUGAUCCGGAAUUUAUCACAAACACCUUUCAAAGUGUGGAUAAAAAUAAAGACAAACAAGUCGACUUUGGGGAGUUCGUGAACUUGUUGAUCCCUCUGAUCAAAGCUACUCAUGAUCAUCUGCAUGAGAGAGAUCAUAAACACUGAGAGAAUUGAGAAUCUACCCAUCCAUCCCUCUCUCACUUCUCCUGAUGAAGCAUCUCUUCAAAAUUUGAAUGUAUGAUGAGGUCUGAUAAUAAAAAGGUUCCUGAAAAUUCUUCCAAA